AUGGCAUUCCACGGAAAUCGAGGCGGCUCCCGAGGGCGAGGUUCUGGAUCCAGUGGUUCUCGAGGCCGCGGACGUGGAGGCGGAGGUGUUCGGGGAGGUGGUGGUGGAGGUGGUCGCGGACGGGGAGGUGGUGGAUUUAGAGCCAAACGUCCUGUUUUCGACAGCGCACGAAUUGCGAAGCAGGAAGAAGCGAACGCUGGCCAAGACUCAGAGUCCGAGAAUCCGUCUGAAGAGGAGGAUGACAAGUCGCCUAGCGAAGACGAAUCUACCGAUGAAGAGGAUGAACCACUCCCGGCAGUGCGACCUUAUUCGGCGCUUAUACAAAGUCUCGCUGCUGGUUCUGCACCACAAGCCAAAAGAAGGAAAUUAGACCAUCCCCAGCCGGGAAAGCCAGCGGAGACUGUGUCUGACGAUAGCUCAGAGAGACUGGAGAAACUCUCCGACGAGACUGAUGAUGUGGACGAGGAAGAAGAGGGUCCAGACACUACAGCUGAUGCCCUGCUAGAUGAUGAUGAGGAGGAAGACUCUGAAGAUUCUUUGGACCCUUUUGAAGUCCAUUUCGCAAACCCAGAUGGAAACCUGUUGUCGCAGAAACUGAAGGCUCUGCAGCUGAACCAAUGGGCGACACAAAAGCUAAUUCUCCCAAAAGUUGGGAAGGCUGUUUUCAGCACUCCUCAGGAAGUGGAUCAGAAAACGGUCGCCCUGGCACCCUCGGUAUCUAGCCCUGCUGACCUGAAGUUAAAGCUAAAGCUAGCUGGGGCCGUGGCAAAACAAUGGCCCGAGUUCAACCAUAUGGAGAAAAGUAUAGCGGCAUAUAUGUUCAACUACCAAGACAUAUUGUAUUGUGAGCGAAAGCCUUCUAAUUCGGAGGAACUACGCCGGCUAACUUGCCUACACGCUGUCAACCAUGUGUUCAAAACCCGAGACCGUGUUAUCAAAAACAAUGCCCGCCUCGCAAAGGAAGGGAGCGAUGAUCUUGAGUUAAGGGACCAGGGUUUCACCCGGCCCAAAGUCCUGAUGAUCCUGCCUACCCGUCAGUCCUGCUGUCGAAUGAUAGAUGCCAUCACGUCUAUAUGCCCGCCAGAACAGCAAGAGAAUCGCAAACGCUUUGAAGAUUCGUAUGUUGAGAAGGGCGAAAAAUUCUCAGCUGACAAGCCCGAGGAUUUCAGCGAAUUAUUCGAAGGAAACGACGAUGAUAUGUUCCGCCUUGGUCUAAAAUUCACACGGAAAACCAUCAAGUAUUUCUCUCAGUUCUACAACUCCGAUAUUAUAUUUGCAAGCCCGCUGGGCUUGCGCAUGGCCCUCGAAGGAAAAGAUGACAAGAAGGGCGAUUACGACUUCUUGAGCUCUAUCGAAAUGAUUAUAGUUGAUCAGGCGGAUGCUCUGCUAAUGCAAAACUGGGAGCACGUGGAAUACAUCUUUGAGCAUCUCAAUAUGCAGCCAAAGGAGGCCCAUGGCUGCGACUUCAGCCGCGUCCGGUCCUGGUAUCUGGACAACAAUGCCAAAUACUUCCGCCAAGUCAUUGCACUCGCUGGGUUCAACACACCUGAACUCAAUACCCUGUUCUACAAUCAAUCAACCAACUGGGCAGGCAAAGUCAAAAUCAGUGAUACCUACUCUGGGGCUAUCCAAGAACUGGGCUUGAAAAUCAAACAGACCUUUUCCCGGUUAGAAUCUCCUUCUUUCGCUACGGAUCCAGACGCUCGUUUCACCUACUUCACAUCCGCUAUAAUCCCAUCCCUGACUCGCCGUGCGAAAGAUACUGCUGGCACUCUUAUGUUCAUUCCUUCCUACCUGGAUUUCGUCCGAGUGAGAAAUUAUUUAUCAACAUCUACUACGACUAGCAGCUUGUCCUUCGGCAGUAUCUCAGAGUACACCUCUGUGAGAGAUGUAGCUAGGGCAAGAUCGCACUUCUUCACCGGACGACAUAGUGUCCUGCUGUAUACCGAACGAGCCCACCAUUUUAGGAGGUACCAGGUGCGGGGGGUUAGAAAAGUAAUCAUGUACGGGUUACCUGAUAAUCCAGUCUUCUACAAGGAGAUAGUUGCAGGAUACCUAGGUCGAAGUGUGCAAGAAGGGAAGCUGGCACCAGGAGAGGGAAGUGUAAGGGCCAUCUUCUCAAAAUGGGAUGUACUGAAGCUGGAGAGAAUUGCUGGGACUGAGCGAGUAGGAAAGAUGCUCAGAGACAAAGGGGAUACAUUUGAUUUCCUGUAG